CUUCUGUCUAAGGCAGGCUUUUCGGUUUAAGUUAUUUUAUUUUGUUGAAUUUUAGAUUAGAGAGUGCUAUUUUCAUGAGUUUUGGAGUGCUUGAAAAAAUCGUGUUGUGUUGUGUUGUGAACCUUAUUUUUUUUACCCAGAAGCCAGUCAAAAGUUGCAUUACCGGUGGAGUAUUUUGGUUUUGGUAGGGUUUCUCAUUCUCUGUAGUUUUGAUGAUUUUGAGGGCUUUGAAGUGGUCAAUUCGAGGAAAAUGUGGUGUAGCAGAUUGAGAUAGCUUAAUUUUGAAAUAUUUUGAUGUAAAUAAUUAAGGGUUUUCUUUAGUUUUAAAACUAAAACUUUUCGUGCAUUUGGAGAGCAGCACACGUGGGGCGAGAGACUGUUGUCUUUUAAGCUUUUCGCUCACUUGCCGAUAAUUUUGUGGAUUUGAGGGUGUCUACCUGAGAUGGAUAGGAUUUGUCAGCUGGGCGUUAGUAAAAUUAAAGUGCCAAGGAAUUUUAUUGGUCUUUCAAUACAUGACAGCAUUUCCUAGUAUUUUAUUUUGUGUGGGAAGUUCUCUCAAGAAGACGGCUAGGAUUAUUUAUGAACUGAGGGGUGGAUUCCACAAAUCUGUUGUUUGUUUUUACUUGAGAUGAUUGCGUUUAUGGACUCGAAGGAUAAAGUACACGAAACUGAAAAGUGCUUGGAUUCUCAAUUAUGGCAUGCCUGUGCCGGUAGUAUGGUUCAAAUGCCGCCGGCGAAUUCGAAAGUCUUGUACUUUCCCCAGGGACACGCGGAGCAUGCUUGCGGCAAUGUGGAUUUCGGGAAUUGCCCUGUAAUUCCAGCCUAUACCCGUUGUCGAGUAUCUGCUAUUAAGUUCAUGGCGGAUUCCGGGACUGACGAGGUUUUUGCGAAAGUUCAGCUGAUUCCCAUAGAGGGAAAUGGUGCUGAUUUUGACGAGGACGGAGUUGGGGGGGUGAGCGGGAUGGAUAACCGAGAAAAGCCCACCUCCUUUGCCAAGACACUGACACAAUCAGAUGCAAAUAAUGGGGGAGGCUUUUCAGUUCCAAGGUAUUGUGCAGAGACCAUUUUUCCUCGGCUGGACUACUCUGCAGAUCCUCCUGUUCAAACCAUCCUUGCAAAAGAUGUUCAUGGGGACACUUGGAAAUUCCGGCAUAUAUACAGAGGGACACCUAGGCGUCAUCUUUUAACAACUGGAUGGAGCUCUUUUGUGAACAGUAAGAAAUUGGUUGCUGGGGAUUCCAUUGUUUUUCUUAGAGCGAAGAAUGGGGAUCUCUGCGUUGGAAUCCGGCGUGCAAGGCGGGGGGUUGGAGGUGGACUUGAACCGUCAUCAGGGUGGAAUGCGGCAGGAAGGAGUUGUGUCAUGCCGCACGGGGGAUUUUCAGCAUUUCUAAGGGAAGAUGAAAGCAAGUUGAUGAGGAACGGUAGUGAAAGCAGUAGUGGAACUUCAGUGGGCAGAGGAAGAUUGAAGGCGGAAUCUGUUACUGAGGCUGCAACUCUUGCAGCCAACGGACAGCCCUUUGAAAUAGUUUACUACCCUAGAGCUAGUAAUCCGGAGUUCUGUGUGAAGGCCUCCCUUGUAAGGGCAGCAUUACAGAUCCACUGGUGUUCCGGUAUGAGGUUCAAGAUGCCCUUUGAAACCGAGGAUUCUUCACGAAUAAGUUGGUUUAUGGGAACCGUAUCUUCCGUUCAUGUUGCAGAUCCCAUUCGCUGGCCAGAUUCACCUUGGAGACUUCUUCAGGUGAGCUGGGAUGAGCCAGAUUUGCUUCAGAACGUGAAAAGAGUCAGUCCGUGGCUGGUAGAAUUAGUGUCGAACAUGCCUACCAUUCAUCUGUUCCCCUUCUCUCCUCCUCGGAAAAAAUUGAGAUUACCACAACAUUCACAGUUUCCUCUUGAUGGUCAACUUCCAGCGCCAACAUUUUCUGGAAACCACCUUCUUGGGCCCAGCAGCCAUUUUGGUUGUCUACCUGACAACACUCCUGCUGGCAUGCAGGGAGCCAGGCAUGCUCAAUAUGGAUUAUCAUUAUCUGAUCUCCACUUCAAUAAACUGCAGUCAGGUCUGUUUCCGGUAGGUCUUCAGCCUCUUUAUCCUACUGCUAUACCUGGGCACUCCAAUCGUCCAAUCAUUCACAAGCCCAGCAGCGGUGAGAAUAUUUCCUGCCUGCUAACCGCGGGAAGUUCUGCUCAAAGUCCAGAGAAAAUUGGUAGCUGCAAGGCACCCCAAUUUGUUCUAUUUGGUCAACCAAUUCUAACUGAGCAGCAAAUCUCGCUGAGCUGCUCCGGAGAUGCAGUUUCACCAGUUCGCACAGGCAACAGUUCUUCUGAUGAUAAUGCAGAUAAGAUGGGAAAUACUUCUGAUGUUUCAGGUUCUGCACUUAAUCUAGAACGUGUGAAUGAACGGUCCUCGUGUGAAGGGUCUGAGGAUAACUUGGAUAUUGGUCACUGUAAGGUAUUCAUGGAGUCGGAAGAUGUAGGUCGUACGCUGGACCUCUCAUUGCUGGAAUCUUAUGAGCAACUGUAUGAGAAAUUAGCGGACAUGUUUGGCGUUGGGACUUCAGAGGUGUUGAACCAUGUGCUUUACCGGGAUAGGACAGGUGCUGUAAGGCAACUUGGUGAUGAAACGUUUAGUGUUUUCGCCAAAACAGCGAGAAGGUUGACAAUUCUAACAGAUUUGAGCAGUGACAAUGUAGGGCCGUAUACGGCAGAGAUAAUGAGGAAAACAUCCGUUUCCAACUGUAUGGCCGGAUGACUAAAUGCUUGUUCCUAAAGUGUUUACUCUUGUUAGAUGUCUGAAGUGAAAUCCAUCAUUACCCAAAGUGAUGCUCUUGGACUGCAUUCGGAGGAGCUCACUAUAGGUAUCUUAAAGUUGCGCCUGCUUAGACGGUUCUUGCAAAGACGAUCACUUUGAAAUGUUGCAUUAUUCUGAAGCUUUUA